AGCUGCUUCCAUUAGAAAAAAAAAACAGUUCUUCUACCAGAGAUUUUUUUCCCCCUUCUCGUAUGAGAUUAUUCGCAAAAGACAGGAAGAAUGUCUACUUCCAAACUCCCGCGAUUGUUCAUGAACCUGAGGCAGAAACAGCGAUCUCCUGGUCGGAUAUCCGACAUCGAAUCAGCAAAAAAUAUCAUAGCAUCGUUACAGAAAUCCGGCAUCGGAUCGCUUCAAUCGAAUCCGUCACUUCUUCUUAAUUUAAAUUCCGAUGUCUCCCGCCUCGUCCUCUCAAAUCCCAGUCUUCCUGCUUUAUCCUGCAUCGAUUUCUUCAAUUUUCUCCAGAGGUACGAAUUCUCCUAUAAACCAGACCUCACGGCGGUGGUGGCUUUAGCUUACAGGCUGUAUUCGGACCAGAGAUUCCGAGAGAUGAAAUCGCUAUUGAAUUUAAUUGCUACCGAUGCGUUUUAUUUGUGCCCGGUGGAGAAGUUGAGCUCGGCGAUGGCGGAUUGCGGCGUUUCUGAAGAAAAGCUUGGGUUUCUGGUGAAGUUCUUCGAUUUGAUGUUCAGGGUUUAUGUGGAUAAUGGGAUGUUCGACGAGAGUUUAGGGGUUUUCAGUUACAUGGUGGCGAAUGGAUUGAGCAUCGAUGAGAGGUCCUGCAUUGUGUUUCUCGUAGCAGCGAAGAAAGGCGGGAAAAUCGACCUUUGUUUGGACUUUUUCAGCCGAAUGGUGGAUUCUGGUGUGAAGAUUACUGUUUAUUCACUGACAAUUGUGGUUGAAGGCUUAUGCAGAAGGGGAGAAGUGGAAAAGAGCAGACAACUGAUAAGUGAUAUCACCAGCAAAGGAGUUAAACCGAAUGUGAUAACCUACAACACCAUUAUCAAUGCUUAUGCUAAAAGGGGAGAUUUCUCAGGUGUAGAAGAGAUUCUGAAGGUGAUGGAGAAGGAAGGAGUGUCCUAUAACGCGGCAACGUUUACACUGUUGAUGGGCUGCCGUGGUAAGAACGGAAAGAUGGCCGAUGCAGAGAAACUGUUUGAUGAAAUGCGUGAAAGAGGAAUAGAGCCUGAUGUUCAUGUGUACACCUUUCUAAUAAGCUGGAACUGCAGAAAGGGAAACAUCAAAAGGGCAUUUCUGUUUUUCGAUGAACUGAUAGAGAAGGGUCUUACCCCGAGUAGUCACACUUAUGGUGCACUGAUCGACGGAGUAUGCAAGGUCGGGGAAAUGGAUGCAGCGGAUAUACUGGUAAACGACAUGCAAAGCCGGGGGAUUAGCAUCAAUCAGGUGGUUUUCAAUACGUUAAUUGACGGGUACUGCAGGAAAGGGAGGAUCGAGGAUGCAUUGUGGAUGUAUGAUGUGAUGGAGAAGAAAGGGUUUCAAGCUGAUGUUUUUACACAUAAUAUGAUCGCUAGUUGUUUUAAUAGAUUGAAACAGCCCGAUGAGGCGAAGAAGUGGCUGUUUAGGGUGUCGGAGAAAGGUGUGAUGAAGCUUAACGUGGUUAAUUACACUACCUUGAUCGAUAUUUGUUGCAAAGAAGGGAACUUCGAAGAGGCGAACAGGCUUUUCGGGGAUAUGGACCGCCAAGGGGAACAACCUAAUGUUGUUACAUACAAUGUGAUGAUCGAUGGAUAUUGCAAGCAGGGGAAAGUAAAGGAAGCCCGAAAACUGAGAGCUGAGAUGGAAACGAAAGGGAUGUAUCCAGAUUUGUAUACAUACACGUCACUCAUACAUGGGGAAUGCAUUUCGGGAAAUGUGGAUGAGGCAAUGAGGCUUUUCGAUGAAAUGGAUUCGAAGGGUUUGGACUGCAGUGUCGUUACAUACACUGUGAUGAUCUCGGGUCUGUCAAAGGCUGGAAAAUCAGAUGAAGCCUUUGGAUUGUACGAUGAGAUGAAGAGGAAAGGUUACAUCAUAGACGAUAGGGUUUACACUUCACUCGUCGGAAGUUUGCAUACCCCUGGGACUGAAGAUCCUCCUGCGAGGGUAAACUGUAAAAAAUCAGAUUGUUGAUGAAAAUCUCGGUUUGAAGAUUCAAAAGCCAGAGAUUUGAAUCAGAAUGUUUACGCCGGUGAAGGGUUCGAGUCAGAAACAUUGCCUUUGGGAAACGAUUAAUUUGUUGUGAACGUCGGAAACUAAACAGUGUCUGCAAUAAAGAUGGGAGUUGCCGGAUCCAGAGAAUUUGGUUAAGGCGCCAACACGAAGUGAAAUGAGGAGACACAGAGAAUGGAUGUAACACCAUCAAGAAAUAUUCUCUGAAUAUCAUCAAGUAAAUCACGCAAAAGAGGCCUCUUCUCCACUUGCAUCCUUUGGAAUAUCAAUCUCUCUACAAUCACUAUGGCUGCCAUGAAAGGAGAAGAUGAGUGAAGGUAAUGUCAAAACAUCUGGGUUCCAUGAUCCGGAAAGAAUUGGUAAAAUCUCUGUUAUUCCUAGUUCCAGCAAAAAAGAAACAGUCAAAUAUAAAGUAUCCUCAGAUUUUAAUCUGAGCCCAUUGGGCCUUU